CUCCCGGUGUCCUCCACCACCCCAAAUUCCCCGCAACCCAACCCCGGAAGCAAGCCAAGAAUCACCGCCACCCACCACCGGCCGGCGAUGGCGUCGCAGCUGGUCGAGGACCACCGCUCCGGCGCGGAGGUGCACACCGGGCACGAGCUCUGCGAGCGGAAGGCCCGCGAGCUGCUGGCCGAGCUCGGCCUCCCCGACGGGCUCCUCCCGCUGCCGUCGCUCCAGGAGGUCGGCUACAACCGCGCCGCCGGGUUCGUCUGGCUCCGGCAGGCGCAGUCCGGCGGGGUGACCCACACCUUCGACACCAUCGGGAAGCAGGUCUGGUACGCCGGCGAGGUCACGGCGUUCGUGGAGCCCGGGCGGAUGCACAGCCUCGCCGGGGUGAAGAGCAAGGAGCUGCUCAUCUGGGUCACCAUCUCGGAGAUCGUCCUCAGCCCCUCCGGCACCAAGAUCGUCUUCCGCACCCCCGCGGGCCUCGGCCGCGCCCUCCCCGUCACCGCCUUCCAGCUCAACCCGGCGCCGGAUGCGGACAAGACGACCGGAGACGACGCAGCCGCCGCCGCCGCCGCCGCCAACUGAUCCGAUGACGAACGGACGCGUGCGUGCGUGCGUGCGUUUAGCAGCGGUAAGUAGUUAUUCCGGUCGCCGGAGCUGUCAGAUCCGGCCGGCGGUGAUAAAAAAAAUUAUAUAUUUGCGGUGUUGUACCCCCCGAAUUGUGAGCUCGAUCCGAUCCCCAUCCUCCCCGCAGUGUGGCGUCCAUCGAUGACGCUGAAAUAAAUAUCAGUUCUUGUUGAUUCCCAA